AUGGGUAUAUGUAGUUCUCACGAGUCGACUCAAGUUGCAACAGCGAAACUGAUCUUACAAGAUGGAAGAAUGAUGGAGUUUACGAAUCCUGUUAAAGUUGGAUACGUUUUACAGAAGAAUCCAAUGUGUUUUAUAUGUAACUCCGACGAUAUGGACUUCGACGACGCCGUUUCAGCCAUUAGUGCCGACGAAGAGCUUCAGUUAGGUCAGAUAUACUUUGCUUUACCUCUUUGUUGGCUUCGUCAGCCACUUAAAGCCGAGGAGAUGGCUGCAUUGGCCGUUAAAGCUAGCUCUGCUCUCAUGAGAGGUGGUGGAGGAAGUUGUCACCGGAAAAGUGUGGAUCCUAUUGUUGUUACUGAUAAGUUUCGAAUGAGAGUUGGUCGUUCCGGUGAUGAUACGGUGGGUUCCGGUGGUGGAAGGAGGAAAGGGAGAAACGGUGACGGGGGUGGUGGUAGUAGUAGUAGUGGACGGAGGAGGAAAUGUUACGCGGCGGAGUUGAGUACGAUAAAUGAGUGA